AGUUAAAAAAUAUAGGCAUAAGAAUCAGUGGAUGCGCUUUAUUUGGAAUAAAGUUUAUGAUAUUAGUUACGGAAAGAAAUCAUGAGUUAUAUAAAUUCGUGUUGUCUUUCAGCUAUCGACCUGCGAUGAGUAACAAAGCACUUGUGGUACUUCGUUCAGGAAAGGACAUCAGUACAGCUUGGCUUGAAGAACUGCUGAAACAAAGGCUAAAAUCCAACAUCGAAGUUAUAUCAUGGGCAUCAAAACUCCCUAGUACAAAAAAUUAUUUCAUGAGCGAGAUGUGUUUCGUGCAAGUGACUUUCAAAGGGCCAAAUCAUCCAUCAGAAGAGAGGUCUUUAGUCUUCAAAUUUGCUCCAACAGCACUGGAUGCAAUUGAAUUCAUGAAGAAUGGGAACCUUGCAAGAAAGGAAAUCGACUUUUACAAAUUUGUCCUAACAGAUGACUUUCAACUUUUCUGCAAGAAGAGCGGCCUGAAGAAUCCAGUCCCAGACGUGUACUGGGCGGACGUGGAGGAAGACCUCGUCACCCUUGUCAUGCACGACCUGAGAACAGAUGGGUUCAGAGUGGAUACCCCGCCAGAGGGGAACUCACUAGAACAAGUUAAAGUGAUACUAAAUUCUAUUGCAGUUAUUCAUGCUUGUGGAGUUGCUACCAUAAAGAAGCAUGGAAGGGAGUACCUGGAUGUUCCCUCUGGAGAUUUUCUCGACAACGCUGUAAAGAUAGGCCUUGACAGAGAAGUGGAAAUGUUUAAAGGAACUCGAACAGCAGAAACUUUGAGGGCAUUAUACUCAUUAAGAAAAGAAAUGAUUAAGACAAGAUCUCCACUAUUUGAGACUUUGAUCCACGGGGAUUUAUGGACAGGCAACGUCAUGUUCUCUGCCGACAGUACGAGCGCCGUCAUAAUUGACUGGCAGUUUGCUUCAGUUGACAACCCAGUGUGUGACAUUAUUUCCUUGUUGCUGAUGAGCAGCCAUCCUGUCGUGUACGAGCAACACCUGAAUGACGUUUUACAGAGCUACUGGCAGAGUCUGACUGAAGCUUUGGAAAAGAAUGGAGCUUCAGUUGAUUGCACUUUCCAAGAUCUUAUUGACUGUGUUGAGGAAAUGUGGAUGUAUGGUUUCAUGUUUUUUACGGCAAGUUUGCCGGAUUUACUAGAUAACAAUAUAACUGCUUUGCACAGAGGCCAAAAUGCCGUAAAGUUUUUAGAGCAGAAGAAGGUCUUGUCAAAGUUUCUCCAGGUCCAUGGAAAAGAAAUGGCAUAGUUUUGGAGAUUUAUUCAGAAAAAAAAGUAUGUGUUCAUGCAUAUUUUAGGCAAACCGAUAUAAUUGUAGAUGCUUUUAGCUUGUCUUUUAACUUACCAGUAUAAAUAUAUAGUGAUAAGGAAAUCAAACGAAUAGAAAAAUAGGGAAAUAAGGAUUCAGGUAUAGUACUCAAAGUCAGUUCUGAAAGAAAAGUCAUCAAAUGGCACGAAAAUGUUAGUCACCGGCAUUAUUAGGAAAAGGAAUCCAGGUCUCAUGCAUCUGUCAUCACAUUUCAUAGAAGGAAUUUUCUCAGACUUCGAGUUCCUUUUCCGAGCAUGUCACGGUCUCAGGAUUAUGAAGCAUGUCCAUAAGUAGUUAACCAAGUCAUAGCAUUUACUUUGUUUCAGAUUUAUAAAUUAUUGCAUUUAAUCAUACCUUUGCACAUGUCAGUCUCAGCAUUCAUAAAUAAACGAGAAGUCAGAAUAUAUUGUUUUAUAUUUUAUAUAGUCUUUUACUGAUACCCAUUAAUAAAUAUUGUUUCUUUUAUCCAGUAUAGCUAUAUGAUUGCUACGUCCUGUAAGAUUUUCUGUUUCAUUUGGAACCUGUUUGAAAUCCCCAAAACAAAGGGAGGAUUAGGUAAGAGGAAUAAAAGAAAGGAAAAUUUAAGGAAUGGAUUAGGUGAAAUAUAAUGGACAUCGGGAAAGCAGAUGAUUGAUUUAAAAUACGAAAGUGGAGAUUAAAACAAAGAAUGAAAUGGUGAUGAGUGAAUGAAAUACAGAUGAGACACUGAAGGUAGGAACUAAAAUUAUCAAAUUGUAGCUAAAAUAAUGGGCAAAUCCGUUUGAAAAGGGCAUCACGAAGAUAAAAUGAGUGCAUAACAAGAUAAACAUGCAAGAAAUGAAAUGUAAUUCACGAAAAACUCAAGCUUACUGCUCAGUAGAAACAUUUUUGUAUGUUUAGAAAAAAUAUCAGAAACUACUGAAAAUUUGUCUUUUCAACAUCCUCUAUACAACACUGGCUUGUAUCAUAAAGAUACAAAAUUAGUAUGUGAAUAAAGGAGAGGAAAUGGUGGUAUAACGAUGUUAAGAGGAGUUUCGAAAUGUGUUUGAAGCGAUUAUGAUUUGUAUUAUGAAUUUUGUAGUAUGAAUUAUAUAUAUAUAUUAUCACAUACACUUGGUCUCUCUUUCUCUCUCUCUUUUCCUCCUUUCCUUCCUCUUUCCUCUAUCCUUUCUCCCCCCCCCCCCCCCCCUCUCUCUCUCUCACUCUCUCUCUCUCUCUCUCUCUCUCUCUCUCUCUCUCUCUCAUUAAAAGUGAUCAAUAGAAACUUAAA